GUCGGGGCUAAAAAGCAGAGCAUUACUCUUGCUGAACAUGAUAAUAUGUUCAUACGAUAAGUUUCUUUGGCCGCGGCAAGGUCCAGUUCCGUCAGGUCAAGGAAUCCAUGUCAGGUUUUGAUGGCAGCUUACUAGCAGACAUCUCCUGCAGAAUCCAGCUUGCUUUCGACUCUGCACUAGCUCUACCUUACCUUUUGGAAACCCGUUCCCCUAUGUUGGGCUGUUCAGCGCAGAAAGCAGGAUUCGCUUCAGAUGAAAGCUGUUGAAACACCGGUUUCACAGAGACUUACACGUUACAGAAAAGCGCUAACAGGAUUGAAAUAAACAAAGAAGACGGGCUUUAUUCUUUUUCCUUUGUUUUUGUGUUUUUCCUCAGUUGACGAAAAGAUCUAGAGCACAGGUUCUCGGUGGAUGACUGGUUCCCCUUUAUUUACUUCACUGCAUCUUUCUCUCAGUCAAAACCCGUAAAGAAGAGGGGAGCUGAGGUUGAAUGCUCUACUAGAACUCAAAGUCAUAGGUGAACAGUGCACUGUCACUGGACUGUGAACUGUCUGCGGGAAUGUGAAGAGUCCGAGCGACCGCGCGUCCGACAAGACGCUAUCUGUCCCAGAGACGCUGAGCAUGCAUCACAGCCUCCGAGCUCUUCAUCGCUGCUGGUCGUGCAUUGAGCCACGGAGGAGCUCCAUUUGCCUCCACUGUCCAUCUGAUUAGACGUUUCCCGUCAUAUUUUUGAAACUGACCGACCGAUCUCUCAGAGAGGUGCGGACCUCAAUAAUGAGCGUCUGUGGGAGCAGUGCUCACAGACUGUUGUGACUGCAGUGAGUUCCGUGCAAACACAAGGAGAGUGUCCAAGCGGAGCGCGAUGGCACGCACAGUGUGGAGUCUCUCUACCCUCUGCUGCCUGAUAUUUGCUUUGGCUGUUAUGCAGAGCACUGAAGGGUUCAGUCGGGCAGCGUUGCCGUUUGGUUUGGUCAGGCGGGAGCUGUCCUGUGAGGGUUACCCCAUCGACCUGCGCUGUCCAGGAAGUGAUGUCAUCAUGAUUGAGAGUGCUAAUUAUGGGCGGACUGAUGACAAGAUCUGUGACGCUGACCCCUUUCAGAUGGAAAACAUCAACUGCUACCUCUCUGACGCAUACAAGAUAAUGUCCCAAAGGUGCAAUAAUCGAACCCAGUGUAUUGUCAUUACGGGAUCGGAUGUCUUCCCUGACCCUUGUCCAGGAACGUACAAAUACCUUGAGGUCCAGUAUGAGUGUGUCCCCUAUAAAGUGGAGCAAAAAGUUUUUGUUUGUCCUGGAACUCUGAAAGCUGUUGGAGAUCCUUCCUUUCUGUUUGAAGCGGAGCAGCAAGCUGGGGCCUGGUGCAAGGACCCCCUUCAGGCGGGCGACAAGGUGUAUUUCAUGCCCUGGACGCCAUACCGAACUGACAUGCUCAUCGAGUACUCUUCCCUCGACGACUUCCAGAACUCUCGACAAACCACGACGUACAAACUUCCGCACCGGGUGGAUGGGACAGGAUUUGUGGUCUAUGACGGGGCUGUGUUUUUCAACAAGGAGAGAACGCGCAACAUAGUGAAGUUUGACCUGCGCACCCGCAUCAAGAGCGGCGAGGCCAUCAUCAACAACGCCAACUACCACGACACGUCGCCGUACAAGUGGGGUGGCAAGACUGACAUUGACCUGGCAGUGGACGAGAACGGCCUGUGGGUGAUCUACGCCACCGAGCAGAACAACGGCAUGAUGGUCCUUAGCCAGCUGAACCCUUACACGCUGCGCUUCGAGGCCACGUGGGAGACGACCUACGACAAGCGCUCUGCCUCUAAUGCCUUCAUGAUCUGUGGCGUGCUGUACGUGGUGCGCUCCACGUAUGAGGACAACGAGAGCGAGACAAGUAAGGGCCUCGUCGACUACAUGUACAACACCAAACAGAGCCGCGGCCAGUACGUGGAUAUUCACUUCCCCAACCAAUACCAGUACAUCGCGGCUGUGGAGUACAACCCCCGAGACAACCAGCUUUAUGUGUGGAAUAACUUUUACAUCCUGCGCUACAACCUGGCCUUCGGACCGCCCGACCCGGCUCACGCCCCACCCAUCUUGGAAGCCACCUCAGCACCGGUGCCGCCUCGAACGACCACCACGACUACAACCACCACGACCACAACCCCGCAAAAAGGCCUGGUGACGACCCUAACCAUGACAGGGACCAGGGCUGCUAACAAGCCCCUGAAGCCCCCUGCACCCCCUCCACGGACCACCUCCCCGCCACCCCUCGACUCCUUCCCUCCCCCGGCGCGCUUCUGUGAGAGCGUGGAGCACAGGGACAUCCUCUGGCCUCAGACGCAGAGGGGCAUGGUGGUGGAACGGCCAUGCCCCAAAGGGACCAGGGGCACUGCCUCCUACCUGUGUGUGCUCUCCACCGGGGCCUGGCACCCGAAAGGUCCUGAUCUAAGCAACUGCACAUCCCACUGGGUCAAUCAAGUGGCUCAGAAGAUUCGGAGCGGGGAGAACGCGGCCAACCUGGCCAACGAGCUGGCCAAGCACACCAAAGGGCCCAUCUUCCCUGGCGAUAUCAGUUCCACCAUGAGGCUCAUGGAACAGCUGGUGGACAUCCUGGACGCUCAGCUGCAGGAGCUGAGGCCCAGCGAGAAGGACUCUGCCGGACGGAGCACAGGCAAGCUUCAAAAGCGAGAACGGACGUGCAGGGCGUAUAUGAAGGCUAUCGUGGACACCGUCGACAACCUCCUCCGCCCGGAGGCCCUGAAAGCCUGGCGAAGUAUGAACAGCACGGAGCAGAUGCACACUGCCACCAUGCUACUGGACACGCUGGAGGAAGGAGCCUUCGUCCUUGCUGACAAUCUUAUGCCACCAGCUAUUGUGAAAAUGCCAGCUAGCAAUAUAAUCCUUUAUGUUUACGUGCUGAGCACAGAUGACCAGGUGCAGGAUUUAAAAUUUCCACAGAGCAGCAAGGGUGGUAUCUCUAUCCAGCUGUCCGCCAAUACUGUUAAGCUGAACAGUCGGAACGGAAUUGCCAAGUUGGUCUUUGCUCUGUACCGAAACCUGGGCCAGUUCCUCAGCACAGAGAACGCCACCAUUAAGCUGGGUAGUGAGGCAAGCAGCCACAACUACUCAGUGGCAGUCAAUUCCGACAUCAUCGCUGCCUCGAUCAACAAGGAGUCCAGUCGUGUGUUUAUAACGGAGCCGGUGAUUUUUACCCUGGAGCACAUUGACAUGCAACACUACUUCAACUCAAACUGCUCCUUUUGGAAUUACUCCGAGAGGAGCAUGAUGGGAUACUGGUCCACACAGGGCUGCAAGCUCAUCGAUUCCAACAAAACUCACACAACCUGCUCCUGCAACCACCUCACAAACUUCGCCAUCCUCAUGGCUCAUCAAGAAGAAUCGAGCCUGGACAGCGUGCACAAGUUGCUUCUCUCAGUCAUCACGAGGGUGGGCAUUGUGGUGUCCCUCAUCUGCCUGGCCAUGUGCGUCUUCACCUUCUGCUUCUUCCGCGGCCUGCAGAGCGACAGGAACACCAUCCACAAGAACCUCUGCAUCAACCUCUUCAUUGCUGAGCUCAUCUUCCUAAUUGGCGUCGAUAUGACAGAGCCCAGGAUUGGCUGUUCAAUCAUCGCUGGGAUCCUGCAUUACUUCUUCCUGGCCUCUUUUGCGUGGAUGUGCUUGGAGGGGGUCCAGCUAUACCUGAUGCUGGUGGAGGUCUUUGAGAGCGAAUACUCACGGAAGAAGUAUUACUAUGUCUCGGGCUACCUCCUUCCAGCCAUCGUUGUGGGCGUCUCAGCGGCCGUGGACUUUAGGAGCUACGGCACGAAGAAGGCAUGCUGGCUGAGGGUUGACAACCACUUCAUUUGGAGUUUCAUUGGACCCGUCACAUUCAUCAUCAUGCUUAAUCUCAUCUUCCUGGUCAUCACAAUGUACAGGAUGGUGAAGCACUCAACCUCAUUGAAACCUGACUCCAGCAGGUUGGAAAACAUAAAGUCCUGGGUCCUAGGGGCCUUCGCUCUGCUGUGUCUACUGGUUCUGACCUGGUGUUUCGGCCUGUUCUUCAUCAGCGAGUCCUCGUUGGUGCUGGCCUAUCUCUUCACCAUCUUCAACACCUGCCAGGGCAUCUUCAUCUUCAUCUUCCACUGUCUGUUCCAGAAAAAAGUUCGCCGUGAGUACAGCAAAUGUUUCCGCCACACAUACUGCUGCGGUGGCCUGCCAACAGAAAGCUCUCACAGCUCUACGAAGACGGCCGCGGCAAGGACGAGCGCACGCUACUCCUCCGGCACCCAGAGUCGAAUCAGGAGGAUGUGGAAUGACACUGUACGAAAGCAAUCUGAAUCCUCCUUUAUCUCAGGGGACAUCAACAGCACAUCAACCCUCAACCAAGGAAUGACGGCCAAUUACCUACUAACAAACCCUCUUCUACGACCCCAAGGCACUAACAACCCUUACAAUUCGUUAUUGGCCGAAACGGUUGUAUGUAACAGUCCUACGGCUCCCGUCUUUAACUCUCCAGUGACCUACAGAGAGACAAGGCCAGUAGUAACUAAUGUACAAUCCCUCGCAUAUUCUGUUGUUGUAGGACACUCAAUGAACAGUGCCAGGGAUACAAGUGCAAUGGAUACUCUACCGCUAAAUGGUAACUUCAAUAACAGCUACUCACUUCGUAAAGGGAACUACAACAAUGGUGUGCAGGUGGUGGACUGUGGCCUCAGCCUUGACGACACAGCCUUUGAGAAGAUGAUCAUCUCGGAGCUGGUGCACAACAACCUCAGGGCCUGUAGCAAGAGCCAUCGCUCCGAGCCCCAUGUCACAACCAAAAGGGGGGCGGGGACGGGGAGUGGUGAGGGCGUGGCCAACACCUCGACCCUGGUGCGUGUGGGCGGAGAGGGCGAGCAGCUGGUGGGGGGCCUGAGCCUGAGGCCCCACCACCCCCAGCACCAGCGGCCCAGCGAGCUGGAGGCCCCCCUCAUCCCCCAGCGGACUCACUCGCUCCUGUACCACACCCAGGAGAGAGGGAGAGCUGAUUCGGUGGCUCCGCCCCCGCCGGCCACCUACACCACCCAGCUCCCGGCCCAGACCGAGGGCGACCUGCAGUCACCAAACAGGGACUCGUUAUAUGCCAGUCUGCCGAAUCUGAGCGACUCACCCCUGGCCAAGAGCGGCCUGGACGUCAGUGAGGACCUCUCACCCUCCAAGCAGAGUGUGAACGAGGACGUUUACUACAAAAGCAUGCCCAACCUCGGGGCCGGCCAGCAACUCCAGGCCUGCUAUCAGAUAAACAGGGGAAGCAGCGAUGGUUACAUAAUCCCCAUCACUAAAGAGGACAGUGUCCCAGAAGGAGAUGUGCGGGAAGGACAGAUGCAACUAGUCACAAGUCUUUAAAAGUUAGAGGGUUUUGUGUUUGCUUGUUUUUAGAAACAGUCAGCUCCAUUCGCUUGGCGGUUGCGAACCAAGGAGAGGGUGUGGAGGGUGUGUGCUUCGAGGGAAGAGGGGUGGGUGUGCAGUUUGGACAAACGUUUCAGCUCUCCCUUCCUCUUUCCUUCCAUUACAAAAAUGGAUCCUCCCUGGUUUGACUGUCAUCCCCCAAAGAUGAACAGGUCAGAGUGUGGCUGGAUUGCAGUGUCAACCUGACUGUAAAUACAGUGUCGAUCGGACGUGGUUUGACGGACAAUCAAAAUGUCUUCGUCUGAUAGUGCUGCUGCUGUUGAAUGACUCAUAGUAAUGGAAUGAUUUCACAUAAAAAGAGCAAAAAAUAUACCAAAAAAAUAGUAUUUCUCAUUUCAGCUCAUAAAAUGUUUGUCAGAGGUUGUACAUAGGUUCUCAUAUUUCAAAUCCAGUUUUGUAUUAUAUACAAAAUGGAGUGUCCAGGACCUAAACAGAGAUGUGUAAUAAGAUUGUAUGAUGAAAUAUUCCUAAUAUGGGACUGUUCAUUUAGGAAUUCAGUACCCUAGAUCUAAGGCCUUUAUAAUGAAGAUUGGAUUGUGCUGUAUAACCAUUAGCAAUCAAACCCCUGGCCUUACCUUUUCUCAGUUGUAAAGUGAACCAUCAAGGGUAAUAGCAUAAAAAUAUAUAUUUUGUUGUAUUUCUGGUGUACAAUAAAAAGGCAACCAUAAAAAGGAUACAUUUUAAUUAAGACUUUAAUUAAGACAUUCUCAAGAGACUAUUGUGUGAAAAUUGCACAUGUUAUAAAAACAAUGUGUUUAUUCUUAAAAUUCAUUCAUCAUAAUAUGUUUGGAAGAGGAUUAAGAUGAAAUGAGGGAACAGAAAGCUUGGAAAGGUUGCUGACAUCAAAUUCCAUCUUGUUUAUGAAAAUGAGCUGCACCAAAGCAUCGGGCUUUAGUAGGUAAUUAGGAUUUUCUCACCCUGUUCAAAAGAUUCCAUAGGAAUCUGUACAGGCAUGAAAGUCACACGAAACCACAGCCAAACAUCAUAAAGCUUUCCAUACACGUUCUUCCAUCUAGGUUUGGAUAUUUAUUUAUUAAAUUAUUCUAAAAAAGAAAGAAAAAAAAGUGACACUUUGGAACUCCUUUGUGAAUACAUUACAGCACUGGUUCGUUUUUUCCAUUAACAUGUUAUUAAGGAGCUCAUACAAAAUAAUGUAAAGUUCAACACUUGUUUAACAAUAAAUAAAUGUGAAUUUUUGGCUAUUAUAACAA